AUAUAGUUUAGUUACGAUUUCGAAAACGACCCGACGCGUCCGCCGCCGGCGACAAUACCCGAUUUCUCGAAUCGAUCCCACAAAUCGAGCUUCGUCUCUCUUACGUUGUACGGUGUUGUGCUCAGUGCAGUGCCUUAAAGGAUUACUUUCCUUGAAGUUUACGGUUGAAGAGCCAGCCUCUUCACUUAUCCGCGGAGCGUCCGCCCCCGGGAUGCCCAGCUAGCGAACAUGGGGACGGACGACUUAGCGCCGAGCUUCACGCAGAAGCCUCAGCUGCGUCAGGAGGACGAUGGCAACAAGCUCGUCUUCGAGUGCCAGCUGCUGGCCGCGCCGAAACCGGACAUCUGCUGGUACCGCAGCGAUGAACUGCUCAAGGAGGAUACUAGAACUAAAUUUAAGAUCCAGAGCAUCGAGAAGAACAAAUUCUUGGUGGUGCUCGAGUUGGACGACGUGAUCGAGAGCGAUGCGGGGCUGUACAAAGUUAAAGCUAAGAACAAGAUGGGCGAGGUGGCCGCCUCCAUCAAUCUUAACUUCAGCCCCGCUGACGAAGACAAACAAAAACAAGUGGACGGUAAAGCGCCAACGUUCGCGCGCAAGCCCGCCAUCCGGCAGGAGGAUGACGGCAAGCGGCUCAUCUUCGAGUGCCGCAUCGAGGCGGAGCCCGUGCCCACGGUCGCCUGGUUCCAUAACACGGCCGAGGUCAAGCCUGGCGCGAGGCAUAAGUUAACAGUAAGCAAAGACGGAAAGUCUUACUAUGCCUCGCUGGAAAUCGCAAACGUGACCGUGGAAGACGCGGGCAAAUACAAGGUGACCGCCAAGAACGAACUCGGCGAAAGCAACGCCACGAUCAGCCUGAACUUCGACAGCGACGAAGCGCCCGUUCCUGAGGACUAUAUCAAACCGACGUUCACGGAAAGACCCGUCAUCAGGCAAUCGGAGGAUGGUACAAGAAUCACAUUCGAAUGCAGAUGUGUUGGCAAACCGAAACCAACCGUCGCAUGGUACCAUGGCAAAAAACUAAUAAAAGAAAGUAGUCGACAUAAAAUAACAUUAGAAGAGGACCAAACAUUAUAUCAUAUAGCGCGAUUAGAAAUCAUAGGCGUAGAAAAUACGGACAAAGGAGAAUACCGGGCAUUGGCAAAAAACAAACAUGGUGAAGGCGUAGCGAAAAUAAAUCUCAACUUUGAAAGUGGAGAUAAACCGAAAAUUCCUGAUGGUAAAGCACCAAGAUUCCCCAAAAAGCCGACAAUAAGACAGGAGGGAGAUGUUUUAAUUAUGGAAUGCGUACUCGAAGCGUAUCCCGUCCCAGACAUCGUGUGGUUCCACGGGGAAAAGGAACUUAAAGAUGGAUCAAAAAUGAAGAUGUCCCGAAAAGCGACGGGAAAAGACACGUUUAAUUUGACAUUAGAAAUAUUAGGCCCUACUAGGGAAGAUGGUGGCAAUUAUAGGUGCAAUGCCUUCAACUUGUUUGGUGAGAGUAAUGCAAACAUUGCUCUCAAUUUCCAAGGUGGGGAUGACGAGAAUGGUUUCGCACCAUCGUUCAUAGAGAAACCUCGAAUCAUUCCCAACGAAGAUGGCACACUCAUCACAAUGCGUUGUGUGUGCAAGGCAAAGCCGGCGGCUGAAGUAACAUGGUACAGAGGCACGACCGCAAUCAAAGCUAGCAGUAAGAUUGAGAUCAAAUCGAGUGUGAUAAGUGAGGAUGUUUACGAAUUGAUAUUACUUUUGUCGAACCCGACGGGAGCGGAUGGUGGCGCUUACCGCUGUCACGUCAAGAAUGAAUACGGCGAAAGCAAUGCUAACUUAAACCUCAACAUCGAGGCCGAACCAGAACCAGAAGGCGAAGGCCCAACAUUUGUCGAGAAGCCGACAAUCCAAUCAAAGGAUAACGGUAAACUAGUAACCAUGGGAUGCAAGGUUAAAGCUAGCCCGAAACCGACGAUCGUGUGGUACCAUGAGGGUAAGGAAAUCAAAGACUCAUCGAAAAUCAAGACCAGAGUCGAAGUAAAGGAAGAUAUAUACACAAUUGUUUUGGAACUCAUCGAUCCUGGUAUUGAAGACUCCGGAUUAUAUAAAUGCAACAUUAAAAACGAACUUGGGGAGCUCAAUGCAAAUCUUACGCUCAAUAUUGAAAUCAUUCCAGUUAUCAAAGAAAAACCAAAGGUCAUUAAGAUAGUUAAAAAGAAGACUGUUAUUGUUGAAUGUAAAGUAUUAAGUAAAUUUGCACCGGCUUGCACCUGGUUCAAGGAAGCAAGUGCUGUCAAGGAGGACUCAAGACACACUGUGCUCAUUGAGCCUCUUAGAGAGGGUGAAUUCACAGUCAAAUUGGAAAUCUCAAACGUUUCACAAACCGACAAGGGAUCAUACAAGCUCGUGGCCAAGAACGAAAAGGGCGAGGCGACGUCUCAAGUGGUCGAAAUCUCUGAAAUCCCUGAACCUCAGGGUGACAAGCCACAGAUCAUCAAACACUUCAGGAGCCUGGCCAAGAAAGAAAACGAGGAGGCAGAGUUCGUUGCUGUCCUCAAAACAUCAGACCAGUCGUGCAGAUGCACCUGGUACAAGAACUCCACAGUCAUCAGGGACUCGUCUGAGGUCAACACGUCAUUCGACGGAACCAACGCGCGCCUGAUUAUCAGGAAGGUGUCCUCCAAAUACGUGGCCACGUACCGCGUAGUCAUUAAGAACGAGUUUGGAGAAGACGAGUCUAGUGCUGACUUGACGAUCGUGGAGGAAAAGAAGAAGAAGGAGGAGGAAGAGGAAAAGAUGGAAGAAGAAGAAGAAGAAAAGACGAUUAUCGAAUCAGAAGAAGAGAUGUCCAUCGUCGAAGAAAAAUCGCUGGCUGAAGAAAACCACAUCGAACAAAAGAAGACCGUCAAAAAGGUUGAAAAGAAGGAAGAAAUUAAGGUCGAAGAGAAGAAGGAAGAAGUAAAGAUGGAAGUUGACGAAGCCAAAAAAAUUAUUCAGAAGAAAACUGCGAAAAGUGAAGAAGAAAAGAAAGAAAUGCUUGAAAAAUUGGAGAAGAGGAAGAAAUCGGAACCUGAGGCUAAAAUUGAAGGCAUUCCAAAACUCAAAUCAGUCAAGCCCAAGGAAGAACCGGUUGAGGAAAAGAAAGACGACAAGAAGACUGAAUCCAAAACAACUACCAAAAAGGUUGUCAAAAAGAAGGUCGUUGCAAAGAAGGAUGAGGACGUACUGGAAUUCGUCGACGAUUACGAGCGACCAGUUUUGGAGAAAUACGAAAAAAUUACACCAACGCCACUCGCUAAAAAACCGAAAGAAGAUGACACACCCAAGUCAAAACGUGCGUCUGUAUCCGAAAGCGUUAAAAGUGAACAAUAUGAAAGUGAAGAAGAGCCUUCGGUGGCUGCGCCGGCACCAGAGAAGAAACCUAAGGUUGAGGCCAAAAAGGAGGAAGAGAAACCUGAAGCUAAGAGACCUAGCAUCAAAAAGGGUAUUCCUAAACCAGAGGAACCUGUAGAUGAAUUAUCUGGUGUUAAAUUGUCCAAAACACCGACUAAACCAACAGAAACAAAGACUGAGGAACCUCAAGCGGCUAAAGCUAAAAAAUCGGUUGCUAAGCCAAAAGAGGAGAAAGAAUUUGUUGAUGACUACGAAAGACCGGAACUCGAGAAAUACGACAAAAUGACACCGACUCCUAGUGAUAGAACUAAAAAACAGAACGGAGUGGAGGAUACUCCGGAGUUCGUGGAUGAUUACAAAAAACCUGAACUAGAACAAUACGAAAAGGUCACUCCCACACCUAGAGAUAAACGUCGCGCUAGUGAGACGGAGGAUGAGGUUGAUAUGAUGCGAGGCAAGAUAAAACCGAAACCUGAAGAAGAGGAACCAGAAAAACCUACCCUUCGUAAACGUCCGGUUACAAAGGAUAAGGAGGAAGACAAAAAACCGGAAGAAAAACCAAAGGCUAAGCCUGCAGAAAAAGACAAGCCUGAGGCUAAAAAACGUCCAUCUCUUAAGGAGAAAGAGGUCGUGGAAGAAGAAUUUGUCGACGACUAUGAGAGACCCGUGCUUGAAAAGUACGAGAAAAUCACACCAACACCCACUGAGAAAAAGAAGAAGGACGACAAAAAGCCUGAGGAACCUGAAGAGGUACCGUCCGCAACUGCCACAGCUAGGCGUCGUUCUGUUAAAGACAAAGACAAGCCAGAGGUAAAAAAAAACUUAUGCCCCAUUAAUGAUGUUGCACUUAUUACAUUAAUUGGUAUUUAUAACGAUACAAUAAUUGUUUAGCCAAUGGACGUUGAUGAGAGCGUCAGCCUAGCCAAGCCGAAAACACCAGCAAAGCCAGGACAAGAGCCUGAAGAGGUCGCACUCACCCACAAAACACCCGCGCAAACUAAACCUACGGAGGAUUCCGCGGCAGCCGAAUUAAAGGUUAAGAAACCUGAAAUUGUUGAAGAGAAAACAAUAAAGAGGAGGCCUUCGGCAAAGGGUGAAGAUACUGAAGAGUCUGUCAGCCUCACCAAGCCUCGAACUAAGACAAGCACUACCGCCCCUGAAGAAGCCUCUCUUACCCAAAAGACUCCUGCUAAGAAAAAGCCAACGGAGGGAUCAGAGGCAGCGUCACUUAAAGUCAAAAAACCAGCCGUCGUCAAAAAAGAUGACGAUGAUGAGGAACCUCUGACCGUUCAAGCUGGUAAAUUUGAAAAGCCACAACUGAAGAAAACUAGCAAGAAGACCACUGACACAGCUAAAAAAGCCACUACUAGUGACAAAGAAAAUAUGGAUGGGGUGGAACUGGACUUUGUUGAUGACUAUGAGAGGCCAGUCCUCGAGAAAUAUGAGAAGAUAUCACCUACUCCUACAGUACGGGAGAAGAAAGAAAAGGAAACAGCUAAGGUCACAAUGAUGGCACAACAGCAACACCUUCAAGUAAAGACCGAAAGUCGGAGGACAUCUGUUCAGAGCGAGACUGCUGAGGUUAAGACUGAGAGCCGCAAGAGCUCAAUCGUCGAAACCAAAGGACUUAAGCUCACAAAAGAAACUGCGGAAAGCAGAAAGUCUUCGAUUUCGUCGGUCGCUGAGCAACAGCAGACCGCGACACUCAAAAAGACGGCUCAGAGGCCCAGCAUUAAGGAACCGGAAACUGCAGAAAUUGAACAAGUCAAACUAAAGGAUGACAAAAAUCAGACAGUUGAAGAAAAGGUAACAACAGGUACUGUCGAUAAGCCUUCAGAAAAAGUUAGUCCAAGGCGACCAUCGAAAACAGAAACACAGAAACCAAACGAAAAAGUGGAACCGAAACGUAAAGAUAGUCUUGAUCGCCCCACUGAGACAAAGUACCCUUGGCGACGUCCCAGUAAAACUGAGGUAACCGAAGACAUAUUCGAUGAAAAGAUUACGGAAAAGACAAAGAUCAAUAGAAAGUCAUCCAUUCAUCAGGUUACUGAUCGCAAAGAAGAUGUUAAAGAUAGUCCUUCAGAGUCUCCGUAUCCUUGGCGUAGAACUAGCAAAACAGAGGAAACGAAGGAUAGUAAAAUACUUGACGAUAAAGUAACUGAGAGCAAGAGCAAAUCUUCUCUCGAUCGAUCUAUUUCUACCCCGACUAAAGUAGCUGAGGAACCUUCGGAAAAACCAAAGCCCAAACGUAAGAUAGGCAUGGAACAACCAGCUGAUUCUAUAUACCCUUGGCGCCGUCCAAGCAAAACUGAGGUCGUACCAGAUAAGGUAGCGGAUGAUAAAAAAGAAACACCAGAACUCCAAGUUGAAAGCACUGACGACUCUUCAGAACGUCGUUUUCCUUAUCGACGCACAAGCAGUGUUAUGGAUGAGGAAAAUAUCGUUACUGAAGAAGGCUGGGUGGAACCUGCUGAGGUCAAAAUGUUUAAGGGACGGGAUGAUGACCCUAUUAUUAUUAUUACACCUGACAUUGUCGUUGACAAUCCGUACCCAUGGCGAAAAUCAAUACCAGAGAUACCAACACUGUCAACGCCAGAGCCAGAACAGAAAAAGAUACCAUUUUCAUGGGAUUCGAUUCCAGAAAUACCACAGGCUGAGCAAACACCAGAGAUAGAGGACAAAUACAAUCCAAUUCUACACACACCAGAACCUGUGGGUCGGCGAAGGCCGUGGUCUCCCCAGGCUGAGGCAGAACAACAGGCAACAUUAGGAAUCCCACAAGCUUAUAGCGGACCUCAAACACCCGAGGAGAAAGUGGCAGUCAAAGAAGAGAAAGUUGAGGAAGAAGUCAAAAAGGCCAAGGUCACAAGCGUGAAAAAGAAGGCGGAAGACCUUCCAGAGAUCGCGGACUAUGAGAGGCCGGAACUUGAGAAGUUUGAAAAGCCCACCUUCACCCAGACGACUAAAGACAAGCCAGAGAAGGAUACUAAGCCAAAGGUGCCAGAAAUUAAGGCGCCCGAGGAGAAGCCUGCUGCUUUGGCACCCAAGAUCGAGGUGAUCCGUGAAAAGUCACCUCGACCCGACAUGCCCAGGAAACCUUCGCUGGCUCCAGGAGCUCCUGGCAGCAGGAGAGGCUCCCUCAUCCCUCCUCCGGAGGAGAUGGGCAGGAGACCGUCUCUUAUCAUCAGCGACGAAGAAAAUAGAAAACUAAGACCUGGUGAGGUGGUCGAAGAGAAGAAGGUCACCAAAUUACGUCCAGGCGAAGUUUUAGACGACAAAAAGCGGCGAAAGUCGGCCGACACGCGCCGGCCGUCCAUCCAGGAGUUGGAGGACCUCAUCAAUAAACCCUCGGUGCCGCUAAAGCCGAAGGGUGAUGAGGGGCCACCGGUCAUCGUGGACGUACAGGAGAGCUACUCCGCUGUUGAAGAUCAAACCGGCUACCUGACCGUGCAAGUCGAGGGUAACCCUGCACCAACCUUCAAGUUCUACAAGGGCGUGACGGAGCUCAUCGAGGGCGGCCGAUUCAAGUUCGUCACCGACGAGAAUGGGCUCAUCACGCUGUGCAUGCGCAAGGUCAAACCUAACGAUGAGGGCAAAUACAAGAUCGUGGUCAGCAAUAUUCAUGGAGAAGAUUCGGCGGAGAUGCAGCUUUAUGUGUCGGACGCCAGUGGCAUGGACUUCCGUGCCAUGCUUAAGAAGAGGAAGUACGCCAAAUGGGGUAAACCGGACGGCGACCCAGACUGGGGUGACCUCAAGGAGGUCGAAAAACCAGUGCCAGCGCUCAAGAAAGUUGAAAAGAAACAAGAAUCGUUCUUGAAGCCCCUCGUCGAUCAAUUCGCGAAGGAGGGCAAGGAUAAGAAGGUGGUGUUCGAAGCUAUCUUCUCCAAGCCUAAUGCUAAGCCGAAGUGGUUCUUCCGUAAAGAUGAACUGUUCCCUGGCUCCAAAUAUAAGAUGACCAACGAGCAGGACUCGUAUAAACUGAUCAUCAUGACUCCUAAAGUGGAGGACACGGGUAAAAUAACGAUUGAAGUUGGUGGCAUCACCUGCACUGCGUUCCUCCAAGUUGAGGAACCAGACCCGACAUAUUCCUUCACCAAGAAUCUGAAGAAGAGCGUCAGUGGCUACACGGCGCACGAGACCACACUCGAGUGUACUGUCUCUAACAGUCUCGCCAUCGUCUCCUGGUGGAAGGGAGACAAGAAGUUGGAAGAUGGCGAAGACUACCAGAUCUCCAAAGACUUGUCUGGCGUGUGCAGGCUUACCAUAAAGAGCUCUAAGUUCGAAGACGCAGGCAAAUACACCUGCAAAAUUGAAAAGCAGCCAGACAAGACUGAAUGUGAAGUGAAGAUUGUAGAGUAUCCUUACAAAUUCACUAAGGUGCUGAAGUCACAGCAGGCCAUUGAAAAGGACACCAUCACACUGCUUUGUGAACUAGACGAUGCUGGUGGUGAAGUACAAUGGUUCAAGAACGACGAGCCGCUGCAGACGGACAAGCGCGUCACCGUGGUGAAGGAAGGGCGCAAACGCAAGGUGGUGAUCAAGGACGCCAAGGUCACGGACGCCGGCAACUACAAAUGUACCAGCAACGCCGACGAGACCCAGUGCGAGCUGAUCGUCAAUUACUCGAAUCGCUUCAACAAGAAGUUGAAGGACACCGAAGCAAUUGAGAGGGACAAGGUGGUUCUGGAGGUGGAGCUCCAGGAUCAGACCGCCGAGGCCGUAUGGUCUUUCAAUGGACAGCCCAUUGUGCCCAACGAGAGAAUCGAAAUCAAGAACCUGGGCGGCGGUAAACACCAGUUGAUCUUCAACAAACUGGAGAUGGAAGAUGACGGCGAGAUCCUCUGCGAGUCGGGCAAGCUCAGCUCGUCUUGCAAACUGACUGUGAAGAAGGGAGAGUCAAAGCCGACCAUCGACUGCCCGGAGGAGUUCUUCGGGCCUGCGGGACAGCCUUUCGUCAUCGAGGUGCCUUAUAAAAUUACCGGCACCCGAGUAUCGCCUAUCGAGGCUAAACUGUGGAAGGAUGGUAAAGCGCUGCCCGUUAAGGAAGUUGAGGUAGUGGUCGAACAAGAGAAGGUCCUCUUCAAGAUCAAGAAACCACAGAGGGACUUAUCUGGCAAAUACCAAAUUAAGAUGUCGAACGCCCAGGGCGAAGACGCCAAGGAUGUUAACAUUACCAUGCAGAGCGUGCCGACGCCUCCUCAGGAUGUGGAGGUUGCUGAGGUGUUCCAGACAUCUUGUGUGGUUAACUGGAAGACGCCGCAAGACGAUGGUGGUUCGCCACUCGUCAAAUACGUUAUUGAACGACAGGACCUGUCUCUCAAAGCUGGCUGGGACAACGUGGGCGAAGUGCCCGCCGGCCAGCCAACCAAGUUUAAGGUUGAGGAUCUCGUUGCGAAGAAGACAUACAAGUUCAGGAUCCGCGCUGUCAACAAGAUCGGCUCUUCGGAGCCGGGAAUGUUUGGCAAACCAGUUCUGGCGAAGGACCCGUGGGACGAACCAUCGAAGCCCAAGAAUGUGGAGCUUACGGACUGGGACAAAGACCACGCAGACCUUAAAUGGCAGAAGCCUGACAACGAUGGCGGUGCGCCAAUCACUGGCUACGUCAUCGAGUACAAGGAGAAGUUCGGCAAGGACUGGGUAAAGGGGAAGGAAGUGCCCGGCGACUGCCUGUCAGCCACGCAAGACGGUCUGAAGGAAGGCGGUACCUACGAGUUCAGGGUGCGCGCUAUCAACAAGGCGGGCCCUGGCGAGCCUAGCGACACCACUAAACCGAUUGUCGCGAAGUGCAGAUUUGUCAAGCCAUACAUCAUCGGAGAGGGUCUCCAGAACAUGAUCAUCAAGAAGGGACAGGUCAUCACCUUUGAUAUCAAGUACGGCGGUGAACCUGAACCAGAGGUCAAAUGGAUGCAGGGUGAAGAGGAAAUCAAAGACGAUGGUGAUCGCAUCACCAUCGACAAGUACGAGAAAAAUACGGUCCUCAAUGUCAGGAAGACCACCAGGCCUGAUAGUGGAAAGUACAAGCUGGUGCUCACCAACUCCUCGGGCACUUGCGAGAGUAUUGCUGACGUUGUUGUGCUAGACAAACCGAACAGGCCGAAUGGUCCUAUCGAAGUGGAAGAUGUCCGUGCCGAGAAGGCGACAGUCAAAUGGAAGAAACCCGACGAUUGGCAGGGCUCAGAUAUCACCGGCUACACGCUUGAGAAGAUGGAUAUGGACACUGGAAACUGGGUACCAUGCGGCGAAUGCGGGCCUGAGCCCACACAGUUCCAGGUCAAGGGACUGACACCGAACCACAAAUACAAGUUCAGGGUUCGCGCCGUCAAUAAAGAGGGAGAAUCUGAGCCUUUGGAGACCGAUGGCUUUAUUCUCGCUAAGAAUCCUUAUGACCCGCCGAAAGCACCAAGCAAGCCAGUUAUCAUCGACUAUGACAACCAGUCGGUCACGUUGCAAUGGGAGGCACCCACCGACAACGGUGGACGGCCCAUCCUCGGCUACGUUGUGGAGAAGAAGGACAAGUUCUCCGCCGAUUGGAUUGAGGUUGUCAAGACAGAGGACACCAAGACAGAGUACAAGGUGGAAGGGCUGAAGGAGAAGAUGAUCUACCAGUUCCGUGUGAAGGCCUACAACAAGGCUGGCGUUGGUGAGGCGUCACCGCCCACUGACAACCACCUCUGCAAGCAUAAGAACUUGAAGCCUCGCAUCGAGCGCAGCACGUUCAAGUCAGUGAUCAUCAAGGCCGGCCGCACCCAUAAGUGGUCUGUGGAUGUCAUCGGUGAACCUGCCCCGGAGAUGACUUGGUCGUGGCGCGAGAACAUCAAGCUAGUGAACACCGAACGUAUCAAGAUCGAGAACCAGGAGUACCACACCGAUUUCACCAUCAUCAAUGCGGUGCGCCGCGACACCGGCAAAUACACGUUGAGGGCUGAGAACUGCAACGGUUUCGAUCAGGAGACCGUCGAGUUGACUGUUCUUAGCAAGCCCUCGGCGCCUAAAGGGCCGCUGGAGGUAUCAGACAUCCACGCCACUGGCUGCAAGGUCCGCUGGGAGAAGCCGGAAGAUGACGGCGGAUCCCCGGUCAAGGAAUACGAGCUGGAGAAGAUGGACAUGGCUACCGGCAAAUGGGUGCGCGUUGGCAGGGUUGCUGGCGACAAGAAGCCUCUAGAGAUGGAGGUGACCGGACUCGAACCCGGACACCAGUACAAGUUCCGCGUGACCGCCGUCAACGACGAGGGCGACUCUGAGCCGCUGGAAGCCGAGAAGGCUAUCCUGGCUAAAAAUCCUUUCGACGUCUCGGACAAGCCCGGCAACGUCGAAGUGGCAGAUCACGACAACCAGAGCGCCACAGUCAAAUGGGACCCGCCCAAGAGCGACGGCGGAGCGCCCAUACAGAAGUACAUUAUUCAGAAGAAACCGAAGGGUGGCGAUUGGGAGAACGCUCUAGAGGUGCCCGGUACCGCCACGGAGGCUAAAGUGGACGGUCUGCCUGAGGGCAGCGAAUAUCAGUUCAGGGUGAUAGCCGUCAACAAGGCGGGUCCUUCCGAGGCGUCGGACCCGACCAAGAUGACCACCAUCAGGCACAAGGCUUUGAAACCACGCAUCGACCGCACCAACCUGAAGGCGGUGGCCGUGCGCGCGGGCAAGCCGAUCUUCUUCGACGUCAACGUCAGGGGUGAACCCGCGCCUACCGUGCAAUGGUUCCAGAAGUGGAAGGGAGAAGAGAAGGAGGUGAAAGAAAACGUAAUCAACGUGGAUUACAACACCAAAUUAGACAUCAAGGACUCCGUCCGCGCCAUGACCGGCACCUACCGUAUCUUGGCCACCAACCAGCACGGCACAGAUGAAGCUGAGGUCGAUAUCACUGUGCUGAGCGCGCCGGGCAAACCUGGUGGACCAUUGAAGGUCGCAGACGUCACCAAAUCUGGCUGCAAGCUGUCUUGGAAGAAGCCAGAGGACGAUGGUGGCAAGCCAGUAACUGGUUACGUAGUAGAAAAGCUCAACAAGGCCACCGGCCGCUGGGUGCCGGUCGGUAAGACCGACGACACGGAGAUGGAGGUCAAGGGUCUGCAGGAGGGCGAGGAGUACGAGUUCAGGGUCCGCGCUGUCAAUGACGAAGGCGAGUCGGAACCGCUGAAGACGGACCAUAGCAUCAUCGCGAAGAACCCUUACGAUAUUCCCGGCAAGCCGUCCGUGCCGACCAUCGAGGACUGGGACGUGGACCGCGUGGACCUGACGUGGGAGGCGCCCAAGAGCACCGGCGGCGCGCCCAUCACCGGUUACGUCAUCGAGAAGAAGGAGAAGUACGGGUCGUGGCAGGAGGCGCUUACUACCAAUACGCCAGAGUGCAAGGCCCGCGUGCCGGAGCUGAAGGAAGGCAACACGUACCAGUUCCGCGUGCGCGCCGUCAACAAGGCCGGCCCCGGCGAGCCGGGCGAGCCCACGCAGCCGCACGUCGCCAAGGCUAGGUUCUUGAAACCAUGGAUCAACCGCGACAAGAUGCACGCGAUCCGCGUCCGCGCAGGCACCACCAUCAAGCUGGACGUCGACAUCAAGGGUGAACCGCCACCAACCAAGACCUGGAUCUUCGCCAACAAGCCGUUGGAGAGCGGCGAGGGCGUCAAGAUCGAGAACGAGGAUUAUAAUACCCGUAUGACGCUGACGGAGACGUCGUGGAAGAAUACGGGCGUGUAUACGCUGAAGGCGGUUAACGAUUCGGGAACCGAUGAGGCUACUGUUGAGAUUACUGUGCUCGACAAGCCAGGCAAACCCGAAGGCCCGCUCGAGGUGUCCGACGUCCACGCCGACCACGUGAAGCUCGCGUGGCAGAAGCCCAAGCACACCGGAGGGCUGCCUCUCAGCGCAUACGUGGUGGAGAAGAUGGACGUGCUCACUGGCAAGUGGGUACCGGCUGGCACGGUCGAGCCGGAUACUACUGAGGCUACUGUCACUGGCCUAGAACCCGGCCACACCUACCAGUUCCGAGUCAAGGCGCUCAACGAGGAAGGCGAAUCAGAGCCCCUGGAGACCGACCACGGCGUCCUGGCCAAGAACCCGUACGACGUGCCCGCCGCGCCCGGCCUCCCGGACAUCGUGGACUGGGACGAGAAGAGCGCCAAGCUCAAGUGGGAGCCGCCUAUUAGGGACAAUGGAGCGCCCAUCACUGGAUACAUUAUUGAGAAGAUGGAUAGGGAUACGGGAGAGUUUGUCAAGGCCGCCGAAAUCCAAGGCAACGUGUGCCAAGGCACCGUACCUAAGUUGGAAGAGGGCAGCCAAUACCAGUUCAGAGUGCGAGCGGUGAACAAGGCCGGACAAUCCGAGCCUUCGGAGAACACCAACUGGCACACCGCUAAGGCCCGAUUCUUGAAACCAAGAAUCGACCGCACCAACCUCAAGCCCGUGUCCGUGAAGGCCGGCCUGCCCGUCUCGCUGGACGUCAAGGUGUUCGGCGAGCCGCCCGCCACCGUCACCUGGUUCUUCAAGGGCGAGGAGAUCAAGACCGGAACUCCGGAUAACCUGGAGAUUAUUAAUAUUGAUUAUAACACGAAGUUCUUGAUGACGAAGAGCAGGAGAGCUAAUACUGGGAAGUAUGUGAUUAAGGCCAAGAAUGAAGUAGGGGAGGAUGAGGCUGAAGUCGAGAUUACUAUUCUUGGCAAGCCAUCCAAGCCCAAAGGGCCGCUCGAAGUGGCUGACGUCACAAAGAGCGGCUGCACGCUCGCCUGGCAGAAGCCAGAGGACGACGGCGGGUCGCCCAUCGACUACUACGAGAUUGAGAAACUUGAUCCGCUUACUGGCCAAUGGGUCCCAUGCGGCACGGCCAAGGACUGCAAAGCCAACAUCACCGGCCUGCAGGAGGGCAAGCCCUACAAGUUCCGCGUCAAGGCCGUCAACAAGGAGGGCGAGUCCGAGGAGCUCGAGACCGAGAAGCCUAUCAUCGCUAAGAAUCCGUUCGACGAGCCCGGCAAGCCCGGCAGGCCCGAGCCCAGGAACUGGGACAAGGACUUCGUGGACCUGGAAUGGUCUCCGCCCAAGGAGGAUGGCGGCGCGCCUAUCACUGGCUACAUCAUCCAGAAGAGAGAGAAGGGUGGACGAUCAUGGCAAGACGCCCUCCGCACGUCGGGCGACCGCCCCGUGGGCCGCGUCACGGACGUGGAGGAGGGUCACGAGUACGAGUUCCGGGUUAUCGCCGUCAACAAGGCCGGCCCCGGGGAGCCCUCUGAGCCGAGCAAAUCCGUUAUCUGCAAGCCGAGAUUCCUGGCACCGAAGAUCGACCGCAAGAACCUGCAAAAGCGCAAGGUCAAGGUCGGCGAAGUCCUCAAGUUCGAGGCCGACGUCAAGGGCGAACCGGAGCCCACCAUCACCUGGACUCUCAACGCGCAGCCGCUUAAGCCGGACGAGCGGCUUAAGAUCGAGAACAAGGAUUACCACACAUCGUUCGCGCUGCAAAAGUGCACGCGCAAGGACGGCGGCACGUACCUGGUGACCGCCAAGAACGACUCCGGAACCGAUUCCGUGGAGAUCGAGGUCCAGGUCGUCAGCAAGCCGGCCAAGCCUAAGGGACCUUUGAAGGUUUCGGACGUGAAAGCCGACGGCUGCAAGCUCAAAUGGGAGCCGCCGGAAGACGACGGCGGCGAGCCCAUCGAGAGCUACGUGGUGGAGCGCAUGGACACCGAGUCCGGCCGCUGGGUGCCCGUCUGCAGCACCAAGAGCCCCGAGGCCGACGUCACCGGCCUCAACGAGGGCAAGGACUACCUGUUCAGGGUCAAGGCCGUCAACCCCGAGGGAGAGAGCGAGCCGCUGGUCACCGAGACCGCUACCACCGCUAAGAAUCCUUAUGGCGAACCGGACGCCCCAGGCAAGCCCGAAUUCAAGGACUGGAGCAAGGACCACGUGGACCUCAAGUGGGAGAAGCCUUCCAGCGAUGGCGGCGCGCCCAUCACCGCCUACAUCGUGGAGAAGAAGGACCGCGACAGCGGCAAAUGGGUUAAAGCUGCUGAGGUCCCCGGCACCAAGUGCGAAGCUCGCGUGCCCGACCUGAUCGAAGGCAAGACCUACCAGUUCCGUGUGAAGGCCGUCAACAAGGCCGGGCCCGGCAAGCCGUCCGCCGCCUCAGAGAACUUACUCGCUAAGGACCGCUUUGCGCCCCCGAAGAUUGACCGCACGAACAUGCGUGACAUCACUAUCAAGGCUGGCCAGAACAUCCGCUUGGAUAUCAAGGUCAGCGGUGAACCUCCACCAACCAAGACCUGGUUCCACAACAAGGAGCGUCUAGCCACCCGCGACGACCUCACCGUCGACGCCGAGGACUACAAGAUCAAGCUAACGGUCAUCCUGGCCGCACGCAAACACAGCGGCACUUACGUACUGAAGGCUGAAAACAGCAGCGGCAAGGACGAGGCCACCAUCCAGGUCAACGUUCUGGAUGUACCGGCUAAGCCUGAGGGACCGCUCAAGAUCUCCGACGUCCACAAGGAGGGCUGCACGCUCAAGUGGAACCCGCCGCUGGACGACGGCGGCGCGCCCAUCGACCACUACCUGGUCGAGAAGAUGGACACCGAGACCGGCCGCUGGAUGCCGGCCCUGAAAACUAAGGAUCCUAAGGCGGAGAUUGACAACUUGGUGCCUGGACAGGAAUACAAGUUCAGGGUCUCUGCGGUCAACAACGAGGGUGUAUCGGAGCCGCUGGAAGCGGAUCAUGCUAUUAUUGCGAAGAAUCCGUUCGACGAGCCCGGCAAGCCUGGCACACCGGAAGUUGUGGACUGGGACCGCGACCACGUGGACCUCAAAUGGGAGAAACCCAUCAAAGAUGGCGGCGCUCCCAUCACCGGAUACAUUAUUGAGAAGAGGGAGAAGGGAUCGCCUAAAUGGGUGAAAGCCUGCGAGGUCGGCCCCAACGACAACGAGAAGGCCACAGUGCCCAACCUGGACGAGGGUACAGAAUACGAGUUCAGGGUGAAGGCCGUGAACGAGGCUGGUCCUGGCGAGCCCAGUGAUGCCAGCAAGAGCGUCGUCUGCAAACCUAGGCGAUUGGCACCAAAGAUCGACCGUCGCAACCUGCGCACGAUCAAGGUCCGCGAGGGCGAGCCCAUCUCGCUCGACAUCAAGGUCAGCGGUGAACCCGCACCUGACGUCACUUGGACGCUCAACGGCAAGAGUGUACAGAGCGGUGGCGGUCUCAAAUUGAUCGAGAUCCCAUACAUGACCAAGUACCAGCACUCGAGCCCGAAACGGAAGGAUUCCGGCACGUACAAGAUCCAAGCCGUCAACAAGUACGGACAAGAUACAGCCGAGCUUGAGAUCAUUGUUACUUCCAAGCCAGAGAAGCCGGAAGGCCCGCUGGAAGUGUCCGACAUCCACAAAGACGGAUGCUCGCUCAAAUGGAAGCGGCCCAAGGACGACGGCGGCGAGCCCAUCGAGGCCUACCUGGUCGAGAAGUAUGACCCCGAGACCGGGUCGUGGGUGCCCGUUGGCAAGACCCUGGGCAACGUGCCCGAGAUGGAGGUCGAUGGCUUGAUCCCUGGACAUGAGUACAAGUUCCGCGUGAAGGCGAUCAACAAGGAGGGAGAGUCCGAGCCUCUCGAGACGUUCGGAUCCAUCGUGGCCAAGGAUCCCUUCACCGUCCCCGACGCGCCGUCCGCGCCCGCGCCCGACGACUGGUCGGCGACGCACGUGGACCUCAAGUGGGAGGCGCCUCUGUCCGACGGCGGCUCGCCCAUCAUCGGAUACAUUGUCGAGAAGAAGGACAAGUACAGCCCCUUGUGGGAGAAGGCAGUGGAAACGCAUACGCCUACGCCAUCUGCUACUGUCAACGGCUUGAUCGAAGGCAACGAAUACCAAUUCCGAGUGAUCGCCAUCAACAAGGCCGGCCAGAGCAAACCGUCCGAAGCGAGCAAGAACUUCAUCGCCAAGCCUCGCUUCCUGGCUCCGAAGAUCGACAGGAGACACCUCAGGGAUGUCACCAUCUCGGCUGGCGCUACGCUGAAGCUGGAGGCUGUGAUCACUGGCGAGCCGCCACCAGCGGUUGAAUGGAGGUCACAGAACAUGCCACUCCGACCAUCCAAGGCGGUCACCAUCGACAGCCCCGACUACUUCACCAAGCUCAUCAUCCGUCCCGUCCGUCGCGACGACUCCGGCGAGUACACCGUCACGGCCGUCAACAGCAGCGGCAAGGACACCGUCACCAUCAACGUGCUCGUCACUGACAAGCCGACCAAGCCCGAGGGACCGCUACAGAUCUCGGACGUGCACAAGGAAGGUGCCACACUCAAAUGGAAGAGGCCGAAGGACGACGGUGGCGCCCCCAUCGAGUACUACCAGGUGGACAAACUGGACACGGAGACUGGGGUCUGGGUGCCGUGUGCCCGCUCCAAUGAGCCUAAGUGCGACGUUACUGGCUUGACUCCUGGCAAGGAGUACAGGUUCAGAGUGUCUGCCGUGAACUCCGAGGGCGAGUCCGAGCCGCUCACCUCAGAACAGAGCAUCGUCGCCAAGAAUCCGUUCGACGAACCUGGUGCGCCUGGCACCCCGAGCGUGACGGACUGGGACAAGGACCACGUGGACCUGAAGUGGACGCCGCCGCGCGAGGACGGCGGCGCGCCGCUCGAGGGCUACAUCGUCGAGAAGAAGGACAAGUUCGGCGACUGGGAGAAGGCUCUCGAGGUUCCCGCGAACCAGACCAACUGCACUGUGCCCGAUCUGGUGGAGGGACAGACUUACGAGUUCAGGGUCCGCGCCGUGAACAAGGCGGGCCCCGGCGAGCCGAGCGACAGCACGCACCCCAUCGUGGCCAAGCCCCGGAACCUGGCGCCCAAGAUCGACCGCACCAACCUUGUCGACAUCAAGCUCAAGGUCGGGACGAAGUUCGGCUUCGAUGUCAAGGUUUCGGGUGAACCGAUGCCGGAAACCAAAUGGUUCCUCGCCAAGAAGGAGGUGAAGUCCUCUGGCGACAUGAAGGUGCAGCACUCGGACUACAACACCAAGCUCAACUGCAAGGCGGCCACGCGCGCCGACAGCGGCCGCUACACCAUCACGGCCGAGAACGUCAAUGGCAAGGACGUGGCCGAGGUGGAGGUCAUAGUGCUGGCGGCGCCCAGCCCGCCUAAUGGGCCGCUUAAGGUGUCGGACGUGCACGCCCACGGCGCCAAGCUGUCCUGGCUGCCGCCCUCCGACGACGGCGGGCAGCCCAUCGACAAGUACAUCGUCGAGCGCAUGGACGAGGCCACGGGCCGCUGGGUCACCGCCGGCGAGACCGACGGACCGCAGACCAGCCUGGCAGUCGACGGCUUACAGCCCGGACAUAAGUACAAGUUCAGAGUCCGCGCUGUUAACAGGCAAGGCAAAUCCGAGCCUCUCACCACCCCGCACGCCACCGAGGCCAAGAACCCUUACGAUCUUGCCGGCAAGCCUGGCACGCCCGUCAUCAAGGACUUCGACCGCGACUGGGUCGAGCUCCAAUGGGCGAGGCCGGAGUCCGACGGCGGCGCGCCUAUUACUGGAUACGUUAUUGAGAAGAAGGACCGCUUCUCGCCGGAUUGGGAGGAGUGUGCUCAGAUCGAGGGCGACGUAACAACCGGCAAGGUGCCCGACCUGAUCGAGGGCAACACGUACGAGUUCCGCGUCCGCGCCGUCAACAAGGCCGGGCCGGGCGAGCCCUCCGACCACACCAAGCCGCACCUCGCGAGGCCGAAGAACCUCGCGCCUAAGAUCGACAGGAACUUCAUGUUUGAUAUCAAGGUCAAGGCCGGCAAGAACUACGAGCUGGAUGUACCAGUUGCCGGCGAACCGACCCCGACCAAGGAAUGGUUCCACGGCGACAACAUGGUCAUCAACACAGAUCGCAUCAAGAUCGUCAAUGACGCGCACUCCACCAAGUUCAAGGUCGUCGACGCCAAGCGCGCCGACAGCGGUUCUUACACCCUCAAGGCCAAGAAUCACAACGGAACCGACUCGGCCACUAUCAAAGUCACUGUACUCGAUGUACCGACACCACCUGAAGGACCGCUCCGGGCUGACGACAUCACCAAGUCUGGUUGCUCACUAAAAUGGCGCCCGCCCAGGGAUGAUGGCGGCAGCGAGAUCACUCACUACGUCGUCGAAAAGAUGGACCAGGAGAACCUGAGAUGGAUCCCGGCCGGUGAAGUCUCCUCUUGCAACAUCCGCAUCGACCAUCUCAUCGAAGGUCACGAUUACAACUUCAGAGUACGCGCUGUUAACAAGCAAGGAGAGUCCCAGCCGUUGGUCGGCUCCGAGCCUAUCACGGCCAAGGACCCUUACGGAACGCCAGACAAACCAGGUACUCCAGUUGUCAAAGACUGGGACAAGGAUCAUAUGGAUCUGGAAUGGGUGCCGCCAAAGAAGGAUGGUGGAUCCCCCAUCACUGGCUACAUUAUCGAGGCGAAGAAACGCUAUGGACCUUGGGAAGUCGCGGCCACUGUCCCUGGGAACACGACAACCGCUACUAUCCCUAAUUUGUCGGAGGGCGAGGAGUAUGAAUUCAGGGUCAUCGCCGUUAACAAGGCUGGCAAUGGAGAGCCUAGCGAUGCUUCCACACCACAAGUCGCCAAGGCCCGCUUCUGCGCACCGCACUUCGACAAAACUCUGCUCGCAGACAAGACAGUCAAGGCCGGACAGAGGAUCCAAUACGAGAUUCCCAUCGAAGCGGCCCCGAAACCGACAGUCGAAUGGCAGAUCAACGGCAAGGUCGUCCAUCCGAACGACCAUAUCGAUAUCCAGGUUCUGCACAACAGGGUCAUAUUAGACAUUCCAUUCUCUGUCCGCGCUGACGGAGGCGUUUACAAGCUGACCCUGAAGAAUGACCUGGGUGUGUGCUCUGCCACCGCUCAGGUCACCGUACUUGACAAACCAGCGAGACCAGAGAAGCCUCUGGUUGUCGCGGAUGUUACCAAGGACUCAUGCUCACUAUCUUGGAAGGUACCGCUCGAUGAUGGUGGAUCACCGAUCCUGCAUUACGUUAUUGAGAAGAUGGAUCUGUCCCGUGGAACUUGGUCCGAUGCCGGUAUGAGCACUUACCUGUCUCACCAAGUCACCAGGCUUAUCCACAUGAAGGAAUAUCUGUUCAGAGUAAGCGCAGUCAAUGCUAUUGGACAGUCUGAGCCUUUAGAGCUAGACCGCGCUAUCACGGCCAAGAACGAAUUCGACGAACCAACUGCACCGGGCAAGCCUGAAGCUACCGACUGGAGCAAGAAUCACGUGGACCUCCAAUGGACCACUCCGAAAUCCGACGGUGGUUCACCCAUUACUGGCUACAUCAUCCAGAAGAAAGAAAAGGGCAGCCCCUACUGGGUGAACGCUGCUCACGUUCCUUCAAACAAGAACAAAGCCACCGUCCCUGACCUUACUGAGGGACAGGAAUACGAAUUCAGGGUCAUCGCCGUAAACAAGGCCGGACAGUCUGAGCCUUCUGAACCUUCGGACAUCAUCACAGCGAAGGACAGAUUCGUGGCGCCUAAAAUCCUUACGCCACUUAAAGAGAUCAGAAUCAAGGCUGGACUCAUCUUCCAUCUGGAUGUCGACUUCAUUGGAGAACCUGUUCCUGAAGUUACAUGGACUUGCAACAGCAAACCGGUCCUUACCAACGAAAGGACUACUGUAACUUCAGUUGGUCAUCACACGAUUAUUCACACAGUAAACUGCAAGCGUUCCGAUGCUGGUAAAUAUCAUCUAUCGCUGAAGAACGACUCAGGAUCUGACGAAGGAAGCUUCGAGCUUAUCGUCCUAGAUGUUCCUGGACCGCCGCAAGCGCCUUUCGAGUAUGAAGAGAUCACGGCUCAGUCCGUCACUCUUUCAUGGAAACCACCCAAGGACAACGGUGGAAGCGAACUGACCGCCUACGUCAUUGAGAAACGUGACUUGACUCACGGAGGUGGCUGGGUACCAGCUGUCACCUACAUCAACCCUAAGCUCAACCACGCCACAGUACCGCGAUUGGCUGAAGGAACCAAAUACGAGUUUAGAGUAUUCGCCGAGAACUUGCAAGGCCGUUCCGAGCCGCUUGUGACUGACAGAGCAGUGGUCGCUAAGAACCAAUACACUGUUCCUGGCAAGCCUGGCAAACCAGAACUUGUGUCUGCGGACAAGGAUCACAUCAAGGUCAGGUGGACACCACCUAUCUCCAACGGGGGAUCCAACAUCAUCGGCUACGACGUCGAGAGGAGAGACAAGGCCACUGGCCGCUGGAUCAAAUUGAACAAAGAUCCAGUCAGGAGCAGCGAAUACGAAGACGAUAGGGUACAAGAAGGCCACCAGUACGAAUACAGGGUAUCCGCAGUAAACGCUGCCGGACCAGGCCAGCCGUCCGACCCGUCCAACAUGUUCAUCGCUAAACCAAUGAAAGAGAAGCCCAAACUGUACCUGGAUCAUCUUAUUGGACGCAGGAUCAAGGUGCGCGCCGGCGAACCUAUCAAUAUAAACAUUCCAAUCACCGGCGCGCCCACACCGACCAUCUCCUGGACCAAGGGUGCCGUCUCUCUGCUGCCUUCGCUUAGACUGUCCACGGAAACCAAGAACGAUGAGACCAAGCUGAACAUUGAGAAGUCGACAAGAGACGACGCUGGAAAAUACACUAUCACGGCGUCCAACGCUCAUGGAAAAGACUCCGCCGAUAUCGAAGUCAUUGUUGUUGACAAGCCUGGUAUUCCGAAAGGACCUCUCCUUACAACAGCGGUCACACACGACACGAUCAGUCUACAGUGGCAGCCGCCUACCGACGACGGGGGCAGCGAGAUCACCGGCUACGUCGUCGAGGUCGCCGAAUACGGCGUCAACGACUGGCGAACUGUCGCAGGCUUCUGCCCGAAAUGCUCCUUCGCCGUCAAGAACCUUACUGAAGGCAAGAAAUAUGUGUUCAGGGUACGCGCUGAGAACCUCUACGGAGUGUCUGACCCAUUGGAGUCCAAGCCUACGGUUGCCAAGUCGCCAUUUGACCCGCCAGAUGCACCAGAAACGCCAAGGAUUACCGGAUACAGCGCGAACAGCUGCUCUCUCGAAUGGGACCCGCCCGCAAACUGCGGCGGCAAACCCAUCACCGGAUACUACGUCGAGAAACGCGAGCGCGGUGGCGAAUGGAUCAAGGUUAACAACUACCCGACACCGAACACCUGCUACACCGUCUCUGACCUUCGCGAGGGCAACCGCUACGAGUUCAGAGUCAUCGCCGUCAACGAGGCCGGACCUGGCAAACCUAGCAAGCCUACAGAACCUAUCACAGCGCAGACGCAACGACUUAAGCCUAGCGCGCCUGAAGCGCCUAAACCAGACAGAAUUACUAAGGACUCGGUCACAUUGUCCUGGAGGCCGCCGAAGAGCGAUGGUGGGUCAAAGAUUAAGGGCUACAUCAUCCAACAGAAGGGUAAGGGCGACAAAGACUGGAAGGAUGUCAAUGACGUGCCUAUUCCAAGCCUCGUUCACACUAUUCCUAAACUUAAGGAAGGUGAAGAGUAUCAGUUCAGGGUCAUUGCUGUCAAUGACGUCGGUCGCUCUGACCCAAGCAAGCCUACAAGCGACAUCACUAUUGCCGAACAGCCUAACAAACCUUGCAUGGAUCUUGGAGGAGUCAGGGACAUUACGGUGCGCGCUGGAGAGGACUUCUCCAUCCACGUGCCUUACACUGGCUUCCCGCAACCGACAGCAUCCUGGUUCAUGGAUGACAACCUCCUCGAUGUUGAGGGAGACUCUAGGAUCUUCCAGAAGAUUACGCCAGAAUCGGCAUCGCUUGUCGUCAAGAACGCUAAGAGGUCCGACGGUGGACAAUACAGACUGCAACUGCGCAAUCCGUCCGGAUACGACACGGCCACGAUCAACGUGCGUGUCCUCGACAGACCUGGCAAGCCAGAGAACCUGCGUGCGGAUGAAUUCGAAGGUGAAGCUCUCACGUUAUACUGGAACCCGCCGAAGGACAACGGUGGCGGCGAGAUCACGAAUUACGUCGUUGAGAAACGCGAGGCUAGAACCGCCAACUGGACGAAGGUUUCCGGCUACGUUACCACUCCGUUCUUCCGCGUGAAGAACCUCAACGUCGGCAGAGAUUACGAGUUCAGGGUUAUGGCUGAGAACCAAUACGGACAAUCCGACCCGGCUCAAACUACUGAGCCUAUCAAGGCAAGACAUCCGUUCGAUCCUCCAGGCGCGCCUGGAGCACCAAGAUCAGUCGAAACUACGGAAUCAUCUAUCACGAUCACUUGGACUAAGCCUCGUCACGACGGCGGCUCACCCAUUACUGGUUAUGUCGUAGAGAAGCGACUGAUAACCGAAGACAAAUGGACCAAAGCCUCGCACGCGCACGUGCCCGACACAACUCUUAAAGUCACCGGUUUGAUCGAGAACCAGCAGUAUGAGUUCAGGGUAGCGGCCAUCAACGCCGCCGGUCAAGGGCCGUACUCGCAGAGCUCGGAUGCUAUCCGCGCCUGCGCGCCGCCCAACUCGCCGAAGAUCACCAGCGACCUCAGCCUCAGGGACAUCACCGUUAUUGCGGGAGAGGAGAUCAAGAUCACCGUGCCGUUCACUGGCAACCCUAGGCCGAAGGUAUCAUGGUUCGUGAACAACGAGGAAGUGUUCCCCGACAACAGAAUCCGUUUUGUAACGUCAGACAUUGACACGGUGUUCUACAACUCGUCUGCCAAGAGGUCCGACACGGGGCCGUACACUAUUCAGCUGUUGAACAGCGAGGGUUCGGAUAGCGCGACUUGCAGGGUAUUAGUGGUAGACCGACCAUCGCCGCCUGUAGGCCCGCUCGAAGCGUCCGACAUCACGCCAGAUACGUGCACGCUCAGCUGGAAGCCGCCACUAGACGACGGCGGCUGCCCCAUUUCCAACUACAUCGUCGAGAAGAUGGACAACAAUGGAGUAUGGCAGAAGAUCUCAUCGUUCGUGCGUAACUGCCACUACAACGUGAUGGGUCUCGAACCGAAUCGCAAAUACACGUUCCGCGUCCGCGCUGAGAACCAGUAUGGAGUUUCUGAUCCGCUCACCAUGGACGACUCUAUUACUGCUAAGUUCCCGUUCACGAUCCCCGACCCGCCGGGCGCGCCGCGCGUGGUGGAGUGGGACGGCUCCACCGCCGCGCUCGUGUGGGACCGGCCGCGCUCCGACGGCGGCUCGCGCAUCCAGGGCUACAAGCUCGACUUCAGGGACGUGCGCGACAACGUCUGGAACAGCGCCGAUUAUCUGGUCAAGGACUGCAACUACCAGGCAUACAACCUCGAAGCCGGAUGCGAGUAUGAGUUCCGCGUCCGCGCCAAGAACGCCGCCGGCUUCAGCAAGUACUCGGCCAGCUCGCAGCGCUUCAAGGUCAAGCCCCGCUGCGGACCACCUGGACCUCCGCGGGCCCCUCGCGUUGUGCGCGUGGGCAAGAACUAUGUGGAUCUCAGCUGGGACCCGCCAGCGAACGAUGGAGGAUCCCGCAUCACGGGCUACAUCAUCGAGCGCCGCGACGUGGGCGACAGCGUGUGGGUCAAAUGUAACGACUACAACGUCGCCGACACCACGUUCACUGCGAUGAAACUCAUUGAGAAGGCAGACUACGAGUUCAGGAUUAUUGCCGUUAACAGUGCCGGAAAAUCCGAGCCAUCAUCAUGCACAACUCCAGUCCGCACUGGCGAAGAGAUCGGAGGCACGAAGCCCGAAUGGGUGAAGAUGAUGCCCCCGCAUAUGUGCGCUCCAUUGGGCAGACCAUUCACUAUUGAAUGCGUCGCCACUGGCAACCCGAUACCUACUGGCAGAUGGCUUAGGAACGGCAGAGAAGUCGUGCUAGGAACCAGAUUCAUCGCAGAGUCCCGUGAGGGCGUGCUCAAACUGAACAUCACCGAGGCCGCCGACGCGGACGAGGGUGACUACACGUGCGAGGCCGUCAACAACAUCGGCUUCAUCUACUGCACUGGUCACCUUAAGAUCGGAAAUCCUCCCCGCAUCACGCGCAUGCCGGGCGACCUGCACCUGCCCGAGCACGACAACACGAAGAUCAAGAUCCUGUACACCGGCGACCAGCCCGCCGACGUCACGCUCACCAAGGACGGCCAUGCCGUCAAGGAGUCCCCGCAUCUCAAGUUCACCGUCUUCGAUGAUUAUAUCCUCAUCUUCAUCAAGGAUAUCAGCAAGGAUGAUAUGGGCACAUACAAGAUCACCAUCAAGAACAACUCCGGCGAGACAUCAGACACGUUCUCGGUCACUGUCACCGGCCUGCCCGGACCUCCUCAGGACCUCGUACCAAGCGAUGUUACCAAGCAUUCGUGCACCCUUACAUGGAGACCGCCGAGCUACGAUGGCGGCAUGCCUGUUACGCACUACGUCGUCGAGCGUAAUGAUACCUCUGGAACCUCCUGGAUCACAAUCGCGUCCUCAGUCCGAGACACACGUUUCACCGUCCAGGGUCUCACGGAGGGCCAGGAGUACAACUUCAGGGUCCACGCCGCCAACGAAAACGGACAAGGACCCGCCUGCGAUGCCGCUAACCCGAUUAGGGCUAAGGCACCGUUCGACCCACCGUCUGCGCCCGGCAUUCCCAAGAUCAAGGAAGUUGGAGGUGACUUCGUUCACCUUGAAUGGGAGAAGCCUGAAAGCGACGGAGGGGCCAGGAUCCAAGGUUACUGGAUCGACAAACGCGAGGUCGGCACGUCGACCUGGCAGCGCGUGAACCCGACGCUGUGCCUGCCCAACCAGUACAACUGCUCCAACCUGAUCGAGGGCCGCCAGUACGAGUUCAGGGUCACCGCCGUCAACGAGGCCGGGCCCAGCCCGCCCUCCACCGCCAGCCAGGAGGUCAAGGUCGUGGACCCGAGAGCUGCCACUCCGCCGGAGAUCGUAAAGCCGCUGAAGAAUGCCAACUGUAUCCAGUACCACAACGCCAAGUUCACUUGCACCAUCACUGGCUUCCCCAAACCGACUAUCACUUGGUACAAGGGCGCUCGUGAGAUAACCAACGGUCCUCGUCACCGCAUCUGGAGCGAGGGUGAUAACCACUUCCUGACAGUUGUGGACGUGUUCGGAGAGGAUGCGGACUCAUACGUGUGCCGCGCUGUUAACAGAGCCGGCGCUAAGAGCACGAAGGCUGAGCUGCUUAUUAUGACUGCGCCUAAGCUGAACGUGCCGCCUCGCUUCCGCGACACGGCCUACUUCGACAAGGGUGAGAACGUGGUGAUCAAGAUUCCGUUCACCGGCCACCCCGUGCCCAAGAUCACGUGGGUGCGCGAGGGAGAGACCAUCGAGUCUGGACACCAUUACCAUGUGGAAAGGAAAGAACGUCACGCGAUCCUGACGAUACGCGACGCAAGCAAGAUGGACUCUGGUCCAUACAGAAUCACUGCCGAGAACGAGCUGGGAUCAGACUCGGCUAUCAUCAACAUUGAGAUCAGUGACCGGCCAGACCCGCCGCGCUUCCCAGCCUGCGACAACAUCGGCGUGGACUCCCUGGCGCUCAGCUGGAAGGCGCCCGUCUGGGACGGCGGCUCCGACAUCACCAACUACCUGGUCGAGAAACGGGAGCAUCCCAUGUCCAGCUGGAUACGCGUCGGCAAUACCAGGUUCACAACGAUGGCGAUAACCGGCUUAGUCCCGGGCAAGCAGUACGAGUUCCGAGUGUACGCCGAGAACAUCUACGGCCGCUCCGAACCCAGCGAACCCACGGGCCUGGUGCAGACCAAGGCUGUCAUCAAGAAGGAGUUCAAAAAGAAAGAAUAUCCUGUGGACGAAACCGGCAAGCGCAUCCGCAGCAACGCCGACCACGGUCCUGUCAAGGAUUACGACAGCUACGUUUUCGACAUUUACAGCAAAUAUGUACCGCAGCCCGUCGACAUCAGCACCUGCUCCGUGUACGACAAAUACGACAUUCUCGAGGAGAUUGGCACAGGUGCCUUCGGCGUCGUGCACCGCUGCCGCGAGCGCUCCACCGGCAACUACUUCGCGGCUAAGUUCAUUCCUUGCACCGGGGCCAUGGAGAAGGAACUCAUCAAGAAGGAGAUAGACAUCAUGAACCAGUUGCAUCACAGGAAGCUGAUCAAUCUACAUGAUGCGUUUGAAGACGAUGAUGAGAUGGUUCUCAUCUUUGAGUUCUUGUCUGGAGGUGAGCUGUUCGAGCGCAUCACCGAACCUGGCUACAAUAUGUCCGAGGCCGAAGCCGCGCAUUACAUGAGACAGAUCUGCGAGGGAGUGAGACAUAUGCAUGAACAGAACAUCAUACAUCUCGACUUGAAACCGGAAAAUGUUAUGUGCCAGACGAGAACGGGCACAGACGUUAAGAUCAUUGACUUCGGUCUAGCCACCAAAUUAGAUCCGAACGAAGUGGUCAAGAUCUCAACGGGCACCGCCGAGUUCGCGGCGCCCGAAAUCGUCGAGAGGGAGCCGGUUGGCUUCUACACAGACAUGUGGGCCGUGGGUGUACUUUCAUACGUGCUACUCUCCGGCCUAUCGCCGUUCGCCGGCAACAACGACAUCGACACGCUGAAGAACGUGAAGGCUUGCGACUGGGAGUUCGACGAGGAGGCGUUCCAGCAUGUCUCGGACGACGCCAAGGACUUCAUCAGACGACUGCUAGUUAAGAAUAAGGAAAAACGUCUAACGGCUCACGAAUGCCUGCUCCACCCAUGGCUGGCCGGCGACGCUACAUCAUCGCGCACAGCCACCAUCGAAGCCCGCAGAUACGAGAAGAUGCGCGACAGGCUACGCAGCCGCUACGACGACUGGGCCGGGUUCGUGCUGCCCAUCGGCAGGCUGAGCGAAUACAGCAGCCUGAGGAAACUGCUCAUUGAGAAGUGGAAGAUCUACGAUGGACAGUUCGACCGCAGACAAGCGGCACCACGCUUUGUGAUCCGACCACAGUCCGCCUUCUGCUACGAGGGCCAGUCGGUGAAAUUGUACUGCCGCAUCAUCGCCUGCGCCACGCCCACCGUCACGUGGUCGCACAACAACCACGAGUUGAGACAGUCCGUCAAGUUCAUGAAGAGAUACGCUGGCGACGAUUACUACUUCAUCAUCAACCGCGCCAAGCUAGAGGACCGCGGCGAGUACAUCGUCCGCGCGGAGAACCACUACGGCUUCCGCGAGGAGGUCGUCUUCCUAAAUGUACAACCGGUCCCGAAGGUCCAGCGCCAGCACGCGCCCGAGGCGCCGCGCCGGCGCUCCGCGCUGCCCUACACGUUCUGGCAGGAGACGAGCGAGACGGCGCCGGUAUUCACCUUCCAGCUGCGGCCGCGCGUCAUGCAGGCGCGCGACACCUGCAAGCUGCUGUGCUGCCUCAGCGGCCGCCCGACGCCCACUGUCAAGUGGUACAAGGACAGAAAGGAGCUAUCAAAGUUCGACUACUCGAUGACGAACUCGGACGGCGUGGUCACGCUUGAGAUCGUCGACUGCAGACCAGAAGACAGCGGGAAAUACACUUGCGUCGCCACCAACUGCCACGGCACUGAUGAGACGUCUUGUGUCGUCAUUGUUGAAGGCGAGGUAGUGAGCGCGGAACAAGCGGCGCUAGCACACAACUUCCUCCACUCGGGCGACAGGCGUUACAUCGAGAAGCCGAUCAAGCCCGCGCCGCCGCCGAUCAUCACCAAGACUAAGGUGACGAUCGACCCGCCAGUCAAGACGCACGCCAUCGCCAGGCCCAAGUUCUCGCCUCAAACUUCAGUGGAUGCAUCCAAGAAGAAGUAUGGUGCUAAACUGGAUUCCGACACUUCGUCGAGGUCAAGGAGCACCACUAAGGAAUUAGUCUUGCCAGCAUCCGACUCGACAAUGUGCCUGCCGUCGUUCGCGCGAGCCCUGCCCGACGUGCUGGCGGCCCGCGACGGCGCCCCGCUCAACCUGUCGUGCGCCGUGCGCGGCGACCCCGACCCCAGGGUCGAGUGGUACAAGAACGGCCAGCCGCUGCACUCUUCUGAUGUGAUAGACCUAAAGUACAAGAACGGAGUCGCUUCACUAGCCAUCCAUGAGGUGUUCCCCGAAGACGAGGGAGAGUACUCCCUGAGGGCCAUCAACAGCCUGGGCCAGGUCGAGACCAAGUGCAAGGUCACCGUCAAACCGAUGGAAGGCAGCGCGGCCACCGGUGUGAAGUCUGGCGACAAGCCGCCCAGGAUCGUGGACCACGCCACUUCACAGAUCGUCACUGACGGAGAUGCCGUUACGCUGUCCUGCAGAAUCACGGGAGCCGAGCGUUUCGACGUCGUGUGGCUGCACAACAACAAGGAGAUCAAGCCCUCGAAGGACUUCCAGUACUCCAGCGAGGCCAACAUUCACAAGCUGCACAUUGCUGAAAUCUUCCCCGAGGAUGCCGGCAUAUACACAUGCGAAGCGUUCAACGACGCGGGCGAAUCGUUCUCCUCCUGCACACUGGUCGUAUCCGUACCGGGAGAAACUAGUGCUGUGCCACAAUACAAGGCCUUCCCUGCUUCAUCCACCGUCGGCGCCGGCGAGCCUGCCGUCUUCACCGCUGAGCUCGAUAAGCCACCGCUCCAGCUCCAAUGGCUGAAGGACGGCAAGCCCAUCGACGAGACGUCGGCGCGCUACCGCUUCACGAUGGAGGGCACGGCGCGGUACCGGCUGGAGCUCGCCGCCGCCGCCGCCGCCGACGCCGGCCAGUACUCCGCGCGCGCCGUCGGCUCCAAGGGCGACUCGCACGCCGCCUUCUACCUGAACGUCGUCGAGGCAUAACGACUGACCCUGUCACAUCACUACUAGUAUUUAAAAAAUAUAUUGUGACGCCAAAUUGAAACCUGUUUAUUUAUUGAUGACAUUUUUAUACAAUUCGGAGUCUAAGUGUGUAAAGGAUUUUUUAUAAAAAAUAUAAAAGUUUAAUAAUUUAUCUAAUUUAGGUGUUACACCCCGUCGAUGCCUAUGAGAUCGCGAGAUUUCUCUAGUCAUUAACGUUUAAAUGUUAAUUUAUUUUAUGUCGACGUUAUCCGAUGCAGUUUCGUUUUUAAUUUUAUUUAUUCACCUAACAGAUGUUGAAGCUUCCUUAAACGAAUUUAAGCUUGAAAUUUAAUAUAUGUGGUCCUUUGGCCUAGGCUCGAACCCGCGAUGACCCUUUCGGGGAUAUUUUCAAAGCCACCAAAAGUAUCCUAGAAACGGUCGCCGCGUACCGACCAAGUCUGUAAUAUUAUUAUUUUUAUAUAAAUUUAACUGUAUUAUUUAAUUGUACAUAAUUUAAUUUAUAUCAUGUGACCGCGUAAUUUAUAAAUAAAUAUGUAUACCUAAAAAUAUAAA